GUUUGCCUCCUCCCCUGCCGCUUGUUUGCUUCCUGUCUGCGGUGAACCUGACAGCCGUCGUCGUCCAGGGUUCAAAGAGCGUUCGAGGCUUUCAGUCAUGUCGGCAGCCGCGGCGGGGACCAGCAGGACGACCCACGGCGACGUGGCCGCGAGGAAGAAGAAGGGCCCCGGCGCCCUGGCCACGGCCUACCUGGUCAUCUACAACGUUGUUAUGACAGCAGGGUGGCUGGUCAUAGCUGUGGGGCUGGUCAGAGCUUACCUGGCCAGAGGAAGCUAUCAUGGGCUUUACUACUCCAUCGAGAAGCCUCUGAAGUUCUUCCAGACCGGAGCUCUUCUGGAGAUUGUGCACUGUGCUGUGGGAAUCGUCCCGUCCUCCGUGGUGCUGACGGGCUUCCAGGUCCUGUCACGGGUCUUCCUCACUUGGGCCGUCACGCACAGCGUCAGGGAGAGCAGAGCGAGAAACAGCGUGCUACUUUUCGUGGCGCCCUGACCGGAAACGAGAAUCAUCGGCUACUCCUUCAACACCUCCAGCUGGCUCAACCCCCUGCGGUACCUUGUUAAGUGGAAUCGACCCUCUAUGGAAUGUGCUUCCAGGUACACCUUCUUCUUCGCCCUGUACCCCAUGGGGGUGAGCGGCGAGCUGCUGACCAUCUACGCCGCGCUGCCCCACGUCCAGAAGACGGGGCUGUACUCCGUCACGCUGCCCAACAAGUACAACUUCUCCUUCGACUACCACGGCUUCCUCAUCCUCGCCAUGGUGUCCUACAUUCCCCUGUUCCCCCAGCUCUACUUCCACAUGAUCCGGCAGAGGAAGAAGGUGCUGGGCCACGUGGAGGACUACAGCAAGGUGGAGUAAACACCCCCCCCUCCACCCAACGGAGGGCCGAGGAACCAAAAAUAACAACAGCCGGGAGAUUUCCAUCAUGGGGACACUUUAUUUGUUGUUGUUGUUAUUGUUGUCUUUUAAAUUUAUGAACAAUAUUUGUAUGUCGAGUCGGCGUGUCGAUACCAGAGCGACUGCACCCCCCCCCCCCCCCGACUCACACUGAAACAGUAGUUUAGAAACUGGUUGUCGGUUGUGAUUCUAGUUUGUUAUUCUUUGCUCCGGAUGUGUGGCUCAUUUUUAAUUUAAUUCUUUUGUUGUCUUGUUUGCUUCAGAAGUCUGAUCACAUUCCUGAUUUAAGUUCAAUAAACCGUUUCCAUUCUGUGGUGGUGUUUUCCAUCUACUCGCCUGAUCCUUCUGUACGUCCAGUCAGCUGAUCCUUGUGUACGUCCGGUCAGCUGAUCCUUGUGUACGUCCGGUCAGCUGAUCCUUGUGUACGUCCGGUCAGCUGAUCCUUGUGUACGUCCGGUCAGCUGAUCCUUGUGUACGUCCGGUCAGCUGAUCCUUGUGUACGUCCGGUCAGCUGAUCCUUGUGUACGUCCGGACAGCUGAUCCUUGUGUACGUCCGGACAGCUGAUCCUUGUGUACGUCCGGUCAGCUGACUGUUGUCCUCUGAUGUCUUUGUUGUAUUGGUGGUUUGUACAUUAAUAUCAGUGUGUUUUUAUUUCAUCGUCACGCUUUGUCUUUACAUUUUUUAAUUCCUGAGAUGAAAUCUUUAACAUUUUUAGCUCAAACAAAGGGAUUCUAUAAAAGUUGACAUUUUUCAUUCCAGCGUUCGAGGUUAAAACCACUUUCAAGGACAUUUAAGCCGUCAUAAUUAGGUUAUGGGAAACGUAAUAAGACAAGAACAGAAAGCACAAUAAACGGUAGCAGAGUUUCUGGAUGAAAUUCUUUGAUAUUACAUUACAUUAAUGCUGUGUAACAAAACCUCAUUGUAGCUGAACAUGAAGAGGAUGUUCAACUGUAUGGACUUUUAUUUUGAAAUGCCGAGUGAUGAGGUGACUCUUUAGUGAGCUGCAGUCACAACUAAGAAGCUUCAGUACAAAGACACAACUGAAUCAUUCUGCUUUGUUUCUAAAGGUCAUAUUUGGUGCUUAUUGAUUUUGGGUGAUGUUGCAUUUGUGACAUUUGAGUUUUUAUGCUCUCAUUUUAAAAUAUGUUUCAGCUGCUGUAAUUUGACAUUUUUAUUAGAAACCUUUAAGUUUAAGUUGCUCUUCAAAGGGCCGUGUGCAAACAUCACGUCAUUACCAAUGUGAAAACUAACAGGUACGUAAAAUAAAGCUUAAAAAGUGUGACGUACGAAGGUAAAACUUUAAGACAAUUGUCUCCUCUGAUAAAGUUCUCUGAUCUUUCACCAA